AUGCUUGCCGUAUUUUUGGCGGUGUCGAUGAGUUCAUGUACAGUCACCGCACUGCAAUGCUACAGUUGUGUAUCUCAACUGCCCGCUUCCACACCUGCAAAUGCCCAACAUGCACUCAAAGCGAUUCUCUAUUCUGCUUAUCACAUUCCUGCAGUGAGCAAAUGGUGUGCUGAUUCAUCAGGUCUUAACUUCAAAACAGUUCCAGAUCGGGAGUGCUCUUAUGGAGACGCUUGUCUGAAGAUUUCUGUGCGAAAACAAGGUUUACGCUUCGUGAUUCGCGGUUGUGAGAGUGAGUUGUAUCGUGAAGGUGUGCUGAAAGGUGGCAGAAUUUAUUGCUCGAAUGAUGAAAGCCCAUCGAUUUGUCGAUGUACGGAAUCACUGUGUAAUUCCGCUGAAUCCAUGCGGCAGCAGUCCUAUUCCUCACUGGAAUCGUUGAUUUUCAUUCUCUCGAUCAUGCUUCUCACUGAGUGCGAACCUCAGUAUCGUCCAGUUUCACCCCCAUAUCGCUGUUAA